AUGAUAAAUAUCAACAGGCUGCUACCUGCAACAAUACCAAGCAGAAUCAGUAUAUAUAUCCCAUAUCUUGGAUCAUCUACAAAUGUAUGUACUGAAGCUACUAUCCCAGAACGUACUAUAAAAGUUCCUGCAAUACUUAAAAUAAAAGUUACAAGUGCAAGUAAAAUGGCAAAAUUUCUCAAGGUAUUAAAAUACCGAACUACAAGUAACAAAUGUGUCAGUGCUAUUGCGAUUAACCAAGGCAUCAAAGAAACGUUUUCUACAGGAUCCCAAAACCAAAACCCACCCCAUCCAAGUUCGCGGUACGCCCACCAACUACCAAGACUGAUACCUAAAGUGAGUAAUGAACAAGAUAUAAGCACCCAAGGCCUUACAAUUUUAGCCCAAGCGCAUCCCUCCAUUCCUGUAAUUAAUCCAGCUAUUGAAAGUGAAAAAGCAACACUAAAACCAAGACAUCCUAAAUAUAAUAUUGGGGGGUGA